AUGGCGCCUUCCUUUCACCUCCUCGCCGUCGCAAUUACAUUGAUGGGAACACUACUACUACUAGCCUUACCCACAGCGGCGCAGGACGCCCCUCAGGACUACCUCAACGCCCACAACGGGGCCCGCGCCGCGGUCGGUGUCGGCCCCGUGACGUGGGACGGCAGGGUGGCAGCCUACGCCCAGUCCUACGCCAACCAGAGGGCCGCCGCCGACUGCAGCCUCGUCCACUCCGACGGGCCUUACGGCGAGAACAUCGCGUGGGGGAGCGGGCAGCUGACCGGGAUCGACGCGGUCAGGAUGUGGGGGUCGGAGUGGGUGGAUUACGACUACAACUCCAACACCUGCGCCCCGGGAAGGGACUGCGGCCAUUACACCCAGAUCGUGUGGCGGAGCACCACCACCAUCGGCUGCGCCAAGGCGACUUGUAGCGGCGGCCGGGGCACUUUCGUCAUCUGCAACUACAAUCCUCCCGGCAAUUGGAUUGGCCAGAGACCUUAUGCUAUUGCAGUUUAG